GACAUUUUCACAUUGUAACGGUGAAACUUUAAUAGAAGAACCUCUACCCUAAUGCGACAUUUGAGAGAGUGAGUGAGAAUCUUGAGGCCGUGGACGUGAGUCGAACCACUUAAAUACCGUGUGCUUGUGUUGUUUUUGUAGAAGUCCGGCUGACUUGGAACCAGGCGAGCUCGAGCGCUCCAUUCUGCGGACUGUAUUGCUGUUGAAUUUUACUCGCCGAACCCCGUUUGUUUACCCGAUCCCUAGUGCCGCAAACGGAGAGGCUUAAUCUGGAUGGGCCGAGCCGAGAAAGCGCGCGAAAGAAGGGAGAGUCGACUCAGAGAGGUGGCGCACCAAAGGAGCAUCCCUUAUACAGAGGAGGAGAAAUGGUGGUCUCCAAAAACUGUUGCUGUGGUGACCGGAAGUAAUAGAGGGAUUGGAUUUGCGAUUGCUAGACAACUUGGAAGGCAUGGCUUGCAUGUUAUCAUUACAUCAAGACACAGUGAUGAAGGUCAAGCUGCAAUGCUUUUGUUGCAAAAGGAAGGAUUAAAUGUUAAUCACCAUCCAUUGGAUGUUCUUGAUUCUACAUCUGUCAAACUAUUUGCUGAGUGGAUUCUUGAGAAUUAUGAGGGACUGGAUAUUUUGGUCAACAAUGCAGGUGUUAAUUUCAACACUGGAUCAGAUAAUUCUGUGGAGUUUGCUGAAAGGGUUAUUGAGACAAAUUACUUUGGCACUAAACGGGUGAUUGAAUCUAUGGUCCCCCUGAUGAGGUCGGCUUUCAAUGCACGAAUAGUUAACACCAGCUCCAGACUUGGUAGGCUAAAUGGCCGAAGGAACAGACUGGGAGAUGUCAAUCAAAGAAAGCAACUCUCGGAUGAUAGCCAACUCUGUGAAGAACUAAUUGAUGUCACUGUUGGAAAAUUUCUUGAAGAAGUGAAAAAUGGCUGCUGGGAAUCUGGUGGUUGGCCACAAAUAUAUACUGAUUAUUCAGUUUCGAAGCUGGCUGUAAAUGCUUAUACCCGCUUGAUUGCAAAGAAGUUAUCUAUCGAACAUGAGCGGAAGAUCUGCGUGAACUGUUACUGCCCUGGUUGGGUGAAAACUGCUAUGACUGGUUGGGCAGGGAAUAUGACCACAGAAGAAGGUGCAGACACAGCAGUGUGGCUAGCUCUCUUUCCAGGAGAGCCCCCCACUGGCAAGUUCUUUGCAGAGAGGCGUGAAAUAAGCUUCUAGCCUAAGCUUUUGACAUGUUUGAGCUCUACCCCUGCUGAGACUCGGAAAGUCUUGGUCCUGGAUGCUGGUUAGAGGUUGGCAGUCCAGACAAGAUAUUAGCCUUUUGCUGUUAUUCCAUGCUUCUUUUAUUAUAAUCUGAUCUGUUGUGCUUAAGCAUGGACACAUCCCACAUAAACAUACCCCGUUUGCACAUGGAUUUCUUAUGGAUCCUGAUAAGUUGGGUAGCUGGAUGUUUGAAGCCCUUUGAUGACAAAUUUGCAAUGUCCAUCAAUAGUCACUUGCCGAUUUUGAGUGUAUUUAAGCUUGCGGGUGGUUGUGGUAAUAAAUCAUUGUGAAUAACACGGCA